AUGCUCGUCCUGUACGAGACGGCGCUGGGCUUUUGUCUUUUCAAAGUCUCCGACUCUGGAAAGCUACAGAAUCCAAAAUCACUCUGGAAGGAGUUUGAGACGCCCGAAAAGGCCAAUGGACUACUAAAACUACGCGCUUUACAUCGUUUUUCGUCGACUGCCGCUGCCGUAGAGGACCUCACGGCCGUCCAAGAGGGCAAGAUUCCAAAAGGCCUAAAGCAAUUCUUGACCCGCGAAGUCGUUGAAAAAGGAAAGGGAAAAGAAGUACUAGCUGUAGCAGAUACAAAGCUCGGCAAGGCUAUUUCGAAGAAACUUGGCAUUGAAAUUUACUCAAAGGCGACACAAGAGGAUCUAAUGGAUCUGUAUCGAGGCAUCCGAGAGCAGAUUACGUCUCUCCUCUCCGGACUCGACCAAAAAGACCUGACCACGAUGAGCUUGGGACUGAGUCAUUCUCUGUCUCGGUAUAAGCUCAAGUUUUCCCCCGACAAGGUCGACAUCAUGGUUGUCCAAGCCAUCUCGCUCCUUGACGAUUUGGACAAAGAGAUCAACAUUUACGCGAUGAGAGUAAAGGAAUGGUACGGAUGGCACUUCCCAGAAAUGGGCAAGAUUAUUGUCGACAACCUAGCGUAUGCCAACGUCGUGCGCACUAUGGGUGUUCGUACAAAUGCCGCCCGAGCCACUCUCGCAAACUAUUUACCAGAAGAUCUCGAGGCUGCUGUCAAAUUGGCCGCCGAGAUAUCGAUGGGUACAGAAAUCUCCGAGGCAGAUAUGGAUCACAUUCGUUCCCUAUGCGACCAAGUCAUCGCCAUCUCCGCAUACCGAGCACAGCUCGCAGAAUACCUCCGAAACAGAAUGAACGCCAUUGCACCCAAUCUCACCGCAUUAGUCGGAGACCUUGUGGGGGCGCGACUCAUCAGCCACGCUGGAAGUCUGAGGAAUCUGGCAAAGCACCCAGCCAGCACCGUACAAAUCCUUGGUGCGGAGAAGGCGCUCUUCCGAGCGCUGAAGACAAAGCACGACACUCCAAAAUACGGGUUGAUUUACCAUGCGUCAUUGAUAGGACAAGCACCUCAGAAGCUAAAGGGCAAGAUGGCUCGUAUGGUUGCAACCAAAGCAGCCUUGUCCAUCCGUGUCGAUGCCUUGUCAGACGCAGAUGCCAAAUCCGGAACCGACGCGGCGACAAUCGGUCUAGAAAGUCGCGCGAAGCUCGAGUCUCGCCUCCGCGCUCUCGAGUACCGAUCCGACUUGACAACAACAAAAGCUUUUGCAGGAGAACGACGCAAGGAGCAGCCAAAGUUUGAGAUGACUGGCGGAGCCAAGACAUAUAAUACCGCGGCGGACGCUGUCGGUUUCUUACCCACGCAGAGACAGGAUGCCGAAAAACUCGCUAUCAGCGCGGUCCUUGACGUCAAGGAGGAACGAAGAAAGGAGAAGGAAGCGAAGCGUGCUGCAAAAGAGGCCAAGCGCGCUGCAAAGGCGGCUACUGUUGAAGAGGAUAACAUGGCGGUGGACGAACAGGAGAAGCCUAAUGUUGAAGAAACUGAAGAGGAGCGCAAAGAGCGCAAGAGGCUAAAGAAGGAAAAGAAAGCUGCAGAAAAGGCUGCGGCCUUUGCCAACAAUAUUGGUACAUCUUCUGUCGUCAAUGGCGAGACAUCACCACCCAAAAAGGGCAAGAAGCGACCGGUCGAGGAUAUCGAGAUGGUGGACGCAGCAGAGGGCGAGAAGAGUAAAAAGAAGAAGCAACGAAAGGAGCCUAAUCAUUGA